AUGCAGUCCCAUUUGACGCGACGGGUCUUUCGGGCUCUGAUCAAUAAUGAGCCGUUGUCUUUUUCGACAUGCCGACGCACCCGACUGCUGCACAGCAUUUCCCCAGCGAGAGUCCGGCCAAGCAUCACUCGCAUUUCCCGUGUACAAUCACGCAGUCUCUUUGCGUUUAACUUGGAUCCCAAAGAGGUCUCGGGCGAUGGGAUGCCCGCCACCUUGACCUCGGAAAAAGGCCUGAAGCCAAUGACCGAUCUAAAGCGGUCUCUCGAAGAUAAGAGCAGAGCGCCUCCAGACAGUACGCUCGUCGAAGGUUUCAGGCUCUUCUUCGAGACCCGGGUCGAUUCCCCUGGAGUGAUCAACCUGUUCCAGGCUCGGUUACUGUCCAUGACAUGGAAGCAUCUCAAGAGCCGACAAGAGGAGUUGGAUGACAAUGACUGGCACAAAGUUUUCUCCGUGGAUAGUCUGGAACGGAUUCUGUUUGUGCUAUCUGAGGCACAAUGUCUCCCCGAAGCUCGAGACACGAUCCUGCGACUGGCUCGGUAUGCCUACCUGGAACUCUGCGCCGAUCAUGGGUUCGGACCGAAUACUAUCAGCAGACCUGCGCUGUUAGUAUACAUCAACUUGCUGGCUACUAAUGGGAACCCAGAGGAUGCACGACAAGUGAUCAUCAAUUUCGGAGGACAGUUGCGUGGAUCAAAGCCAUCACCAUGGCUCACCGUUCUGAAGGGAUUUGCCCUGAAGGACGACCGCCGGCAAAUGCGCAAGAUUGUUCAGGAUUUGGACAAAUACGGCGUCACAUUCGACCAAGCUUCCCAUCAGGAGCUGAUUGAGAUUCUGAUUGACCAGAACCUGUUCAAAGCGGCGCAGACCAUCUACGAGUGUCCUGUUGCAGGGAAAGCGGAGCCCUCGUUAGCCACCAAAAAGGCAAUUAUUAGUCACGCAUUGUUCAACUCGGAACAUGCAUGGGCGGAACCGAUUUACCAGUCAAUGAUCGAUAAGCAAACCCCAACCGCAGAGACUGUCGGCGUUGCACUGCUGUGGAAAGCAGCUCACGGUGCUGAUGCGUCUGCAUUAGAGGAACAGCUUGCCCUGUGGAGUGCAACAAGGCCUCAAAUUAAGGAUGCAGUCACAAUCGCAGACGUAAACAGUCUUCUUCGCUACGCUAAUUCACAAAAAGACCCGAUUUUGGCCAACUCAUUCGCCAGUCUGAUUGACCGCUGGAGCCUUGUUCCCGAUGAGGAGACUCAUUUGCUGCAGCUGGACUCGAUGAUUCAGGCUGCGGAUGUGGAGGGCUCACUUUAUCUCCUGGAAAAGCAGAUGGAUCCCACUUUGCUCUCGAGAGCGGACCCUUCCAUCGCCAACAGACUCAUUACCAUGCUGUGUUUGUCGGAGAAGAGGGAAGAGCUUUUCCAAAAGAUUUCUUCGCUCCUAGAUCCGCUGUUCCAGGAUGGGGUUUAUCUCGAGGCAUCUACCGUCGCUGCAUUGACCAGUAUGUUGCUGUAUCGGCAUGACAAUGAGGCGGUUUCGCAAUUACUCCGCCCCCGGUUGGCGACUUUUGACAGCCAAGGCAAGACAUUAAUUCGUGACGCCGUGACAGGCUUCAUCUUGGACCCCAAGGAGACGGACGAGGAUGUAUGGGAAGUCUACGAGCUGUUCAAACUCGCAUUCCCCGACGCAGGCGUCGGCGUCCGCACGGAGCUUAUGAGCGCGUUUUUCGAACGAAAGCGCAGCGACCUGGCCGUUUUGGUGUUUGGUCAUAUGCGCCAAGCCGACGACCUUUCGCGCCGGCCCAAGCCCGACACUUAUGCCCGGUGCUUUCAAGGCAUCGCACGCAACGCCGACGCAACCAACCUCGAGCUGGUUCACAAUAUGCUGAAAUUGGACCUCGAAGUGGAACUCAACACUCGGAUUCUCAACGGGCUGAUGCUGGCAUAUGCGGCCUGCGAGAUGGCAGAUAAGAGCAUGAGCAUCUUUCGACAGAUCUUACAAUCGGACGAAGGACCCUCGACCAAGACGAUUGCCCUGUUCUUCAAGGUCUGUGAGAAGCACCACAAUGGUGUUCACGAAGCCACCAAAAUGAUGAGUAAAGUGAAGAAGUUGGAGAUUGAAGUUGAUCGCCGGCUUUACUCAUCCUAUAUCGAGGCAUUGGCUGCACAGUGUGAAUUUGAUCGGGCCACGGAAGCUAUCAAGAACAUGGAAUCUGAGAUUGGUGUUUGCCCAACGAGUACAACAAUUGGACUCUUUUACAAUGCCAUCCCUUACCAGUACUGGAAAGACCAGGUGGAAGAGUGGGCACGUAAGACGUACCCCGACCUAUGGGACCAUCUGGCUGGAAUGGAGCGCACCGAACACGAAGAAGGUCAAAAGUUUGACGCCAUCUCCAACGAAGUAUGGGUAUGA